AUGAGCAGAGGAAUGGGGACAAGAGGUCAGUCGAGUCCAAUGGGCCAAAAGGCGAGAGACCCAAGGCUUGAUGAGGUCAUUCGGACAUUGCAAGGAAUAGGGAAUCUGAUGGGAAGGCAGGCUCAAGAAAGGGCCGCCAAUAUUGCCCAAGCUGCUGAGGCUGCAGCAGCUGCUGCUAUUAAUGGGAACCAAGCUAAUCAAGGGCAGGCACAGAUUUGGAUUGUGUUUGUUGAGGCCUCCAAAGGCAAGUACUUCCCUGAGAGUGUACAAGAACGGAAGUUGGCUGAAUUUGUGAGGUUCCAUCAAGGACAGAUGAUAGUGAACCAGUAUGAAGCUAAGCUUGCUAGGUUAUCCAAGUUUGCCCCAAAAAUGGUAAAGGACCCAUUGGAUACGGCCCGGAGGUUCCGAGAUGGAUUGAAGCCGGACCUCCGUAGUCAAAUGAUAUCGCUAAAUCUGAGGGACUAUAAUGAGAUUUAUGAUCGGGCCUAA